UGCCGUUCAGUACUGCAUUGAGAUCUCGCACGGGGAGUCGUGUGGCCGCGCCCGAGACCCAUUCCUCAACAUGCUCAAGUCACCUCUUCUCUUAGCCUCCCCAGUGUUCAGCGUAUGAGUGACGAGCGCGAUAAAACAAGAAAACAAAGAAAAUGAGAAGUAUUGUGGAUAUAUAGAAGCGGAAAUACUUUAAAAUUCACCAAUAUGCCAAGGCCGCGAGGUGGUGGUAGUGGUGGUGAUGGUGUUUGGGUGUGUGUGGUGGUGAUGACACUUACGGUGCUAUGGGGGACUAGUGAAGUGACAGCAGAACCAAAAUUUGAAUGUCCACCCACAACCAAGUAUUUCUUCCCUUGUAACUGCACGGGAGGGGGAGAGAGAGGUAUAUAUAUAAGCUGCGAUAACACGAAUCUCGCCUCUAUAGCAGUGGGCCUCGCUAACAUCAGGCUGCCAGUGGAGGAGCUUCGCAUGAAUAAAUGUCACUUCAAGAAGCUGUACGGCGAUGUAUUCAACAACGUCCUUCUCAUUAAUCUGGUGAUCGAGGACACGCCCUUGGAGGAAAUAGGAAAAGAUGUGUUCAGGCCAAUCAGUGACACUCUCACUGUGCUCAAGAUCCACAGGGCGCCCAUCACCACUGUGCCCACGGCCGCCCUCUCACACCUCAAGGAACUGAAGCUGCUGGAAAUCACGCAAGCCAACCUGACCACAAUACCCUCCGCCGCCUUCGCUGGACUGAAAAACCUCGUUAUCCUUACCCUGAGUAACUGCAGUCUGAAUAAUAUACACAAGAAUUCUCUGCAGGGCCUCACCAACCUGAAGAAGAUCAACCUGAGCUACAACAACCUGAAGAAUGUCCCCAAUGGAGUGUUCAGGGGCAAGAGGCAGAUGAAGGUGCUCGAUCUGGCUCACAACAAGUUUAACAAGCUGGAUUCAAAGUACUUCCAGGAUAUCAAUCAGCUGACGUGGUGCAACAUGUCACACAACGAAAUCAAGAACUUUGGCAGGAACCCCUUUGCCCGCAACCAGGUCCUCGGGUGGCUGUCCCUCUCCCACAAUCAGCUCACGAAGAUUGACGCCCGCACCUUCAGAUCCAUGCGUUUCAUGCGCCGUCUUUACCUGAGUGACAACAAUAUUACAUCGGUUGGCCGCGGUGCCUUCGGAAACAUUCGGAGGAUAGCCACAAUUGACCUUGCACGGAACCAGCUGCCAGCUGUGGACGGAAGAAUCUUUGUGGACUUUGAGUUUUGUGAAGAAAUCAACUUAGCAGAAAACAAGAUACGAACUAUAAAGAGUAAUGCCUUUGUCAACUUGUUCCUAGUAGCUGUCAACAUAAGUCACAACCAGAUCGACACAAUAGAGCCAGAUGCAUUUGUCAAUACUAGGAACAUCACUAUACUUGACCUCUCGUAUAACAACAUCAGCAAGAUACCCAAGGAAUCUUUCCCGGGAGAAUACAGUUACAUGACAGACUUACGGUUACAGUUUAAUAACAUCUCCACGCUGGCAGAUGUUCCCUUCCACUUCUCAGGUGUGAAGAUCGUUAACCUCACCUAUAACAGACUUGAGCACAUCCCCAGAAGAACGUUUCCAAAGUUAUAUGAACUUCACACACUCGAUUUCAGCCAUAAUCGACUAAAUAAGAUAGACAGAAGUGUGUUUUCCAACCUCUACUCUAUCCGGCAAAUGGAUUUCAGCUACAACAACAUGACAACUCUCUUUGGAAGCAUCUUUGGCACCCUUCCAACACUUCUCAAACUGGACAUAUCACAUAAUAGGAUAAACAGAAUCGCUCGUGCCAUGUUUGCAAACCUGGUGUCUCUUCGGGAGCUUUUCCUGAACAACAAUGAGAUAAGUACCAUUCCUUUGAUCCCACAGUCCCUCAAUUACCUCCACCUGUCCCACAACAAUCUCUCCAGCCUUCCAUCAGCACACACUUGGCCUCAGAUGAACGCUCUUCUUUACCUGGAUCUGGAUGAUAAUGAACUUGGUGACACUCUGGAAUCUGGCUCCUUCCGUAACCUGAACUCUCUGCGAUACUUGAAACUACGUAAUAACUCCAUCACAACUCCCCCUUGGCAGGCAUUUGCAGAGCUACAGACCAUCCAGUAUUUGUAUCUUGACCACAAUAAGAUACAGAAUUUAACCCGGGGUGCCUUUGGUCGUCUCCCAGUGGUGUUUGAGUUGUCUCUAUCGCAUAAUGGCAUGAGGAACAUAAGUAAGCAAUCAUUUGAGGGCCUACUGCAGCUACUAAUGCUUAAUCUCUCCAGCAAUGCCCUCUAUCAUAUCCCCAAUGAAGCAUUCCGAGGGUGUGUCUCUAUGCAGUCCAUUGAUCUGUCUCAUAAUUUCCUGAAAAAGAUUGACAAUGAAACAAAUGGACUCCUGGAUGACCUGCUCUCCAUCCGCCACAUCAACGUCUCACACAACCAGUUCGGCACAGUGUCCAAGAAAAUGUUCCCAUACCACAAAUGGAUCCCGUACAAUGUUCAAACAGUCGACAUGAGCUACAACAUGAUGCCCGUGCUACACAAGAACCUCCUCAUUGGGUUACAGAACGUGAAAAAACUCAAUAUCUCACACAAUAUCGUCAACAUCAUUCGUCCAAGUGUCAUUGGUAACCUGACCUAUCUGGAGGUUCUGGAUCUCUCUUAUAAUGACCUUGAAGCCCUAGGGAACAGUGUGUUUGGGAGAGGGAAAUCCCUACGUGAGGUGCAUCUACAGCACAACCAUCUCAUCUCCAUCCCAGCACCUGUCUUCAUGUCCAACGAGAACCUUACCUACCUGGAUGUACGAAAUAACAACCUUCACGUUUACUAUGAAAUAUUUGUUCCUCGAGUGAUCAACGGAACAAGGAUCAGAUAUUCGGAGAACCCAGUGGAGUGUGACUGUACCCUCCGCAGAGUGAGAGCCUGGCUGGACACCUGGCUUGGCUCUGAGAAGUGGCAGGAUAUAGUGUGUGCAAGCCCUCUGCAUCUCACUGGUCGGUCGUUACCCUCAAUAUCAGAGGAGGAGUUGAGGUGCAAUGAUGACCGUCGAGCCAGUGAUCUAUACCAGGUCAACCCAGACAUACGCUUUCGGCUGUCAGGACAUAACCCAGACCAGAUGGAGAAGCUGGAUGUGUCCUGGUAUGUCACCACCCAGGAGGACGUUGGUGGCUUCAAUGUGACUGUGUACAACAUGACCUCUGGCAAGAAUAUCGCCUCCAGCGUCCUCUCCUACUCCAGCAGACGGGAGAAAUUUUCCGAAGUGCCAAGAGGAAGGUACAGAGUUUGCAUUGGCACCCACGACUCCCUUCAGAAAAAACGUGCCCUCCAGCCAGCCCAGUGUCAUGGUUUCUUCGUCAGCCAAGCCCACACACACCACACCCACUCCAUCCCUGCCAUGAUUCUUGCCCUUGUGCUUCCAUUAUUACUGAUGCGAUGAUUAUAUUUUCCCUCCUAUCCCAUUCUUCUCUUCCCCAAUGUUUCAGUAAUUUCUUGGAAUGUAUUUUGUUACUGCUGUUAGAAAUUAGUAUUCCACACAACCUAAGGGGAAUUUAAUAAAAAGAUAAUGUGAAUAAGAAAUUUAUAGGAGAAACCGGUAAAUUAAAUUAAUCACCAGACUCUUACCCGGCAGUUAUGGCUGGGAGCACUCACCCCCACAUUUCAGUGUUCCAGCUGCCAAUGAAUAGCUAGCUAGCUACAGGACCUGCAACCUCUAAGCUAACAUUAACAGCUAAAACCUUAUCUGGCUUUCAAUACGGUGGGAGUAUCGAGUCUAGCGGGAUCAAGUUCUCCUGCACGUGGUAGCUUUUGUGUAGUCAAGAGGACGAGCGGUGAUGUUAAUGCCUUGGCAGUUGGGAAGAGAGUGUGCGCCAGCGCACUAGCCGACCCCAAAAUGUUGCCAAGUUUUAUGAAUAAAUUAUGGUAAUUAGGCCUAAUUGAUGAUGAAACUUCAGAGUUUUGCGUAUCUAUGGUUUGUAGGCAUACUUAUAUAAGUAGAAAUAGGGUUUACAUAGCAUUUCGUUACAUACUGGGUAUAAAAUAGAAAAUAAUUGCUGUAUAAACAUAAAAUACAUAAUUUGACGUAUUUGGCGGCCAUCUUGAAAAAUGGGACUUACGGGACAAAUUUGAGAUGGCACUAUAUCUAAAUCUUAAAAGUAUGUAUACUUUUAAGCCAAUUUUCAUGCUUUUAACCCAAAAUGCACAAUUCUUACUAAUUUUCUACAUAAGGCCCCCCACUAUUUAAUGGCUUAAAUGUUUAUCAUAAUUUUAUUUUAAUAUAUAUAAAUGGAAUAACCCGAGGGAAGCAACGAUUUGCCAUCAGUAAAUUGAUUUAUUCAUCCUUUAUUUCAAGGUUAAUUCCAACACUGCUAAAGUGAAUGCCACUAGAGCAGUGUUUCUUAACGUGGGCCAUAUGCACCCCCCUCCCCUGAGGGCUAUGAGAAAUUUUCAGGGGCCACAUAGCAAAAUUAGGAAAAUAGGGAUGCCAGGGGUGGGGAGAGCAAAGGGGGUCAUACAACUUCCUACGUUUGCGUUGCUCAUAUAAGCUUAAUAUUUUCAUAUUUGUUUUAUGUCAGCGUCUUUUUUUUGCUGCAAUCCUGCUGGUAACAUUCACUUCCCAUGAGUUGGCAACCCUGGAUCCAGGAUUGCUAUGUUCAUGGUACAAUAACGAGAGUUGUUAUUGUACCAUGGCUUUUACGGUUAUUUUGUCCCAUUUUGGUCCGUUUGUCCUGCAAUUUUCCUGAAAAAUGACAGACUUAAUCUGCUACUUUUACUUCCCAAGAUGUAGUAAGUUGGGAGGGGGGGAGAGCAACGAGGACUCAAAUUAGCUUGGAGGGGGCCAGUGGCGAUAAAAGGUUGAGAAAGCCUGCACUACAGUCUGUUUUAUAAAGGGAAGAGAAGGAGGGUCAGUAGGGAAAGACUCGUCCAUUUACUUAAUCUUAUUUUCAUGGCAACUAUAUAACUUUUCCUUUUUUUUCCCCCAUUUCUAACUCAACUGUGAUAUACGUUAAUUUUUUUUUUUCCAUUUCCAUUUUUUCUUCAGAAGGAUCAAUGUAAUGCCACAACUCUGCAUGUAAAUUAUUACCAUUAUUUGUAAACCAAUACCAAAAUCAAGGGAAAAACAAAAUAGAAUGAAGUUUUAUAAUGACCGAGGAUUAUGACACGCUUAUUUUGAUUAAUACAGUAUACAUCAUGUAGUACCAUUCCAUAUUCUAUACAAUUCUAUUCACAUACAUUACUAUAGAUCAUAUUGUACACUAUAUAGAUACAUAUUUCUUUAUACAUAUGUACAUUUCUCAUACACACACAUGUUCAUUUUUAUAUAAAGGCGAUUUCAAA